UUCCCACCUGUGUUGUCCCUCCCAGGACUUGGCUUACUUCCCCCCAAAGAGGGCAUUCCCAUCACCUCCGACCUGCACACCUCUGGCAAGCAUAGAUAGAUCUCGGAGGAGGCCGCCCCAAAGAUUCCUGCUGACGCUUGUCUGAUCCUGCCUUCUGUGAAACAUGGCCCCACAGGAUUACGGGACAAAUCAUAGACCCUGAGCCACACCUGCUCAGAGAGGCACACUUCACAGCCUUGUUUGGCUCCAGGUGCUGCCAAGCCGUGAGACUCACUCCCAUCCGAACAAUGCCUUCAGGAGUCAUGGCCACUGCUGUAUGAGGUCCUUGCUGAGCAGGACUUGACCUUGCUACCCAGCAAGCCUCCUGAGUGACCUCCUCCACCUCCCAUGUGUGGCUACAAGGGCAGACUAGAGAAUGUCUGUGCCCCGGAUCCAAGUGGACGAAGUGGGUGAGAAUGACAGGCCAGCAGGGGCAGCCGCACCUCCAGAUGACCACCUCCUCAGCCUGAAGGCCCUCACUGAGAAACUGAGGCUAGAGACCCGAAGACCCUCCUACCUGGAAUGGCAGGCCAGGCUGGAGGAGCAGACGUGGCCUUUCCCAAGGUCAGCAGCCCAGCAAGAGGCAAGCUUGGAGGAGGGAGCCUGUGGAGGUGGAGAGCCUUCGAUACCUCUAAGGGAGUCCAGAGAGCUUCUCCCACCUGCCAGGAGUGCCAGCCAGGGCGAUGGACCACUGACCACGGGCAAGCUGGAAGGCUUCCAGAGUAUCGAUGAAGCUAUAACCUGGCUCAGAAAGGAACUGGCAGAGAUGCGGCUCCAGGACCAGCAGCUGGCUAGACAGCUCAUGCGCCUCCGUGGAGACAUCAACAAGCUGAAGAUUGAGCAGACCUGCCGCCUGCACCGGAGGAUGCUCAACGAUGCUGCCUAUGAGCUGGAGGAGCGAGAUGAGCUGUCCGACCUCUUUUGCGACUCCCCUCUGGCAUCUUCCUUCAGCCUUUCCACACCACUCAAGCUCAUUGGCGUCACCAAAAUGAACAUCAACUCCAGGAGGUUCUCUCUCUGCUGAGGGGCCUUGGGAUGGAAGAGGGACCAGAGCCAAGGGUGAGAGAGAGAGGGGGGCUCAGACCAAGUUACCCAAAGUGGGUCUCCCUGGGGCCAUGCUGGGGAACGGAAGGCCCCAGGACCUGGUGGUAGUAUACCAGGGGCUUCAGCUUUGCAUACCUGGCUCUUCAUGUUCAAUACCCAAAGAGUCUGCAGACACUAUGUAAGAUGGGGGUCUCAGCAGGAUCCCCAUGGCCUGCCUCUCUCUAUGGCCUGCUUUCCUGUGUCCUAGAAUCACUGGUGCUAUGGUGUUGGAUCCCAAAGGGGACGGGGACCUUCUCCCCCCCCACCCCAUGCUUGUUCCUGCAGAAAGCUCUCCUCUGGGGAAGCUGGGAAGAUUAGAUAUGUAAGGCACACUCAUCUCUCAUGUACUGUUACCAACCUCUUAGUUCUAGCUCUAAUUGCCCCUAAGUAGGUGACUCACCAGCCUGGGCAGGGACAUGCUAGGACAGGAAAACCUAAAGGGAUAUGGGAAUGCAUGCUUCUCUUCGAUGGCCACCAGCAUCCCUGGGAAGGAGCUCUGCCCUGCUACUUUGAAAUUCAGCCUCGAUGCUACACGGCUAUGCUACUUCCAGCUUGCUCCAUGACACACGAUGCAUGCAACUUGUGUAGCUUUGGUAGAGGAACCCAGAUGCCCUGAUAGCUCCCCUAGCUCCUGUUAUAACCAUUUCGGUUAUUUUGCUACCAAUCACAACUCCAGGAGAACACCUAGCAGGCCACUGAUGACUACACAAGGCAGAUAGGAAACAGAUUUCCCCCAAGUGAAUUCUACUGUAGGGGACAUGACAGAGGCAUUUCUGGUGGGACUUGAUGGUGUCACCCACAUCACCUUAUCCUUAGCACCAAAGACCCCAGGGAGUCCAGAAGCCCAUCCUGAGCCUCUCUCAAGACUGUGCCUGACCUAAACAAUGAAUUUUAAUUGACCAUGACUGUUAACAAAUGUGUUGCUAACUCACUAAUACCUGUCUGAUACCUGUCCAAAUGGAGAGCCAGUUGAGUAAGCUACGCAGAGUUUGGGGUUUCGUUUUAAGAGUUUUUUUCCUUAGCAGCAACCUUGAGAUCAGCAGACUGUUAAGAUGAUUGGUUCAGGGAAGACCUGGUACAGCACAUCUGGCCAUGUGUAAUCCUGUUAACACAACUUUCUCAGGCACUGGGUGUGUCUCGUGAGGCCUGCUCAUUAGCAGAGGGGCAAAGUGAAGCCAGAAAAGAAAAUGACUUCCCUCAAGUUACCUGGCUGUUUAUUGGCUGUAGAAUAUUAAGGUGUGAAUUAUUGUGAGUCAGGCCUAGAAAGAUCCCCUGUCAAUGAACUUCAACUCCAAAAGAUGGUCCUGAUGUUCUGCCAAACCCAUAAGUUGCCAACUUCUCUCUCCCUCCCUUUCAGCCCCACCCAUUCUCCCCACUUUGCAAUCCGAAGUAUUGGGGCAGGGAGAGAAGCAUGAUGCCUGGAUGGUGGGCCCUUGGCACUUGCCAUCUGUCAUAGUCCUGUAGUCUACACUGAUUGUUCUCUGUAUAUAAUGUUUCUUUUCCCUGGUAAUCCCCAUGGGCUGUGUCCACACAUGCCACAACACACCCAGGGAGAGACUGGAAUGGGAAGGUAUAACUGGCUGGUCUUAUAUGACUGGAUGGUCUCUUCCUUGUAAUUUCAAAGAGCCAGGCAGUUUGUGUUUCUUUUUUUAAAGGUAGAACAAGGUAGCCAAGAUUUCUUAAAAGCCCUGAAGUUCAGAGGCCUUGACCCCAGUCCCUUCCUUAGAGACUACACAAAACACUGCCAGGUCCCAAGAAGCCUCAUCAUCUCUUGUCACCUCCUGUCUUCAGUCAGCCACUGGCUGACACUCACACACCACGUCAUAGAAAACACAUCCCACAUUCUAAAAACAAUGCCAAGCUGGUUAUAGGAAAUCAAUCAUUAGCCAGGCAUGGUAGUGCAUGUCUUUAAUCCCAGCACUCACGAGGUGGAGGGAGGAGGAGCAGGAAUUCAAGACUAGCCUAUGAUAUAUAGUCAGUUCUCCAGGCCAGCCUGAGCUACAUGAGACCAUGUCUCAAAAAGAUAAAAAAGGAGAAGACAUCAGUCAUUACAGAAGAUGACACCCUUAGCUUAGAGCAAAGCAAAGUGGUCAAAUUAGAUGUGGUCAGUAACUAAAUAUGUGAUUGAGUGGUCUGUGCUCAGCUAACCCAGCAUCAUCUUUUGUUCCCUGAGGAACUUUGUCCCAGGAAUGAGUUUGAAUAGGUUAGAUGUCUCAGCUUAAGUUGUUCAUCUCACGUUCAUCCUAAAAGAAUCUUAUUCUGUGAUGAGAGGGAAGGUGGGGAGUGGGGGGGGGUCACAAAAGUGGAAGGGAAACCCAUUUUAUUUUCUUACAUGAAGUUAGUAUCUGUUAGCUCCCUGCCUUUCAUGGUGAGCUCAAAUCAUUAGCUGUUCAUUCUGCUUGUAGAAUCCAUGCAGAGAUGUCUGUAGGUCAGUGGCAUAUUAGCAGCCUCCCUCAGCCAGUUCCUGGCUCAUACGUACACAGUCCCGUUUGCUGUUUCAUCAUUAACCAUCUCCAUGCCCCCAAACCCCCUGUGAGACACAAAAUAUCCACUGUGCUGCCACAAGGUCAAGUCCAAUGCCUCUGUGGGCUCAGUAGCAAUCACAGAGCCCUAGAGGGCCUGGGCAGGCCUGGCUGUAACCUGGCCUCAUCCAAGAUCUACCCCUGUAGCAAUACCAAGUGCUAUUACAUAAUCAAUGGAUAAUUUACAAUUUUAUUUUUAUGAUUAUUUGUUUCUAUAUUACUGUUAGAAAAAAGUGAAAUAAAAAUAUUUCAAAAGAAGA